GCAAAUCUCUUGGGUGGCAUUCUUCUAGCUAAAUAACUCUGGAUCGACUCCUCAUAGGACCGCUUGUACGAGAUCUUGCGGUUCCUGGAUUGUUACAAGAGCAGGAUGAGCUUGUGUGUGGAGAAGGGGCACUCCCGGACUAGGUUCCCCGCAAACCAGAUUUCGUAUUUGGAGAACGCCGAGGGAUGACGAUGGAGAAAUCGACUCCACGGAAAAUUAUAAGUACAUCUAUACGGUAACAUUGAACCAUCGUCGGUUUCGAUCGACCGAGGGCUAGCUUGGCAGUUACCAUGACGUACAAAAGGCACCGUCGUACCCGAAAAACAUUAUGGCGAUCAAAGCGACUCAUCCCCAAAGUCGCCGCGGCAAAUUCGAGGACGAAAUAAGACACGAUGAAGAGUGUUAUCACCUCAGCGCUCCUCCUAGGGGCUUCGGUGGAGGCCGCCCUCUACAAGUCGAAAACACCGCCGAUGGGAUGGAACAGUUAUAAUUAUUAUAACUGCAACCCGAACGAGGAAAUUAUGCAUACCAAUGCUCAAGGACUCGUGGAUCUAGGCUUGGCCGACUUGGGUUAUCAAUAUGUGACAACCGAUUGCGGAUGGAUGGCAAAGGACAGAGACUCUCAAAAUCGUCUACAGUGGAAUGCCGCCCUAUUCCCAUCUGGAGUACAGGCUUUGGAGGAGUUCAUCCAUGGCCUAGGCUUGAAGUUUGGUCUCUACUCGGGCGCAGGAUAUUACCAAUGCGGCUCGACAGACCUACCAGCUUCUCUCGGAUACGAAGAGAUAGAUGCGCAGACGUUUUCCGACUGGAAGGGGGACUCAUUGAAAUAUGAUAACUGCUUCGCCUCAUCCAAAACUGUUGCAGCAGACUACACAUCAGCAGUUUCCAAAUCGCCCGCACGUCACCAGAAGAUGGCCGCUAUCUUAGAGGACGUAGACCGAGAGAUCGCCUAUUUCAUAUGCCAAUGGGGGGUUGGCGAAGAUCUCGGCGAAUGGGCGCCGCCUAUUAGCAAUGUCUACAGAAUCAGCAACGAUAUAUAUAACGGAUGGAGGAGUAUAUGGCGGAUUGCGAACCAAGUCGUUCCGUUUUAUAGGUCAACCACGGUUGGUGCCUAUCCCGACAUGGAUAUGUUGAUCAUCGGUCUUAACGCGCUGUCUCUCCAAGAGGAGAAGUUUCACUUCAGCAUGUGGGCAAUAAACAAGUCUCCCCUCAACAUCGGAGCACCGACAAACACGAAGCUUACGCCGGCCGCCUCUUUCGAUGUGCUUAAAAACAAGGAGGUCAUAGCGAUCAACCAGGACCCCCUAGGUAAGCAGGCACGACUCGUCCGCCGACAUACCGAAGAAGAAUGGGAUAUCUGGGCGGGCGAGCUAUCUGGAGGACGAACUGUUGUUGGCAUCGCAAAUUGGAAAAACGGUUCGCAGACCGUAGAAUUCGACCUCUCGACCGUGAACGUCGCAUCCGCCAAUGCCCGCGACGUCUGGGCGGCGAAAGACAUUGGCGCGAUAUCCGGGGUUCAAAAAUUCGAGCUCGCGGGCCACGAAAUGCGGCUUUUGGUGCUUAGUAACAUCGUUAAGCCGAAUACCUUGCCUAAGUCGAGCGGGAAGUAUUACUCAGCAGCGGACGCCACUUUCGGAGGCAGCGCGAAAGAAGUUGGCUGCAACGCGGAUACGUGCCUGCCCAAGGGCAACAAGAUUAGCAUCCCGAGCCAGGGAGCUACCGCAACUUUCAACUCUGUCAUUGCGGGCUCCCAGGGAACGAAACUGCUUGGUAUCGAUUUCAUCAACUACGAUGUGGCUCUCAACAGCGCCUGGGGUUGGGGUUCGAACACGCGCAACAUGACGGUCGCUGUAAAUGGAGGCACCGCUAAGAGGUGGGCGUUUCCUAUCUCGGGAGGCGACUGGUCUGAGUCCGAUAGGUUGGUCAUCGAGGUGGACGGAUUUGUGGCUGGCGGAAACAAGGUUGUGCUUGCUGCAUAUGGGGAUUCGUCUGCUCCGGACAUUGUCGGAUUCGAAGUUUUGGAGUAAAAGGCGGCUUGCGAUGAUAGUCGACAGAUACCGAUUUCAAUAUUCUGUACACAAUUUUCACCAAUGGUCAUAACUCGGCACCCACAUUGCCAAAUGAAGCCAUAAUAAAAUUAUUUCAAAUCAGCCAACAUUCACCUAGGAAUACUAGUGUUGACCUUCAUGGAUCGUAAACUCAUCGAGGAGAUAAUGAGGACGCGUCCAUUGCGUGUUUUCAACCUUGAGCUCAUACUUCCAAGAUUUGGACUUGAUGAUCAGGAGAAUGAUCU